AUGUCUUGUAACGCUGUUCAAGAAAGUGAUUCAUCUUUGAAGAAAAGAAGUCCAAGAAACUCCCCCAUGAAGAUUAAUGAAGUCGAGGAAAAAGAAAGAACCCUAAAAGUGUGGGAUUGUGGAAGCCCUUUAUAUGAUUCAUAUGAACUGGUUUCUGUCAGCCAUAUAAUUGAAAGACAUUUCAUGGUAUUUCCUUAUCUAAGUAAAUCAAGAAAUGUGGAUGAAUCAAGACCCAUUUCUUCAUCAUCAUCAUCAGUUGAUCAAUCAAAACCCAACAAGGCUGCAGGUCCUAGCAAGGUUAGGAGAUUUUCUGUGGUUAAUUUCUUGAGUGAUCUUGUAGAGGGAAAUUUGUGGAAGAGAAAGCAGCUUGAUGCUGAAAGAAAAGUGAAUUCUAAGCCCAAGAAGCAAAAAAAAAGGGAUUUCUCCGAGUAG